AGAAUACACACUAGUCAGUGUUCAUCAGGGUAGGACGGUGGCCCCUUGUUACCUUGGCUAACACACAGGAAACAGUAUUGUGAAUGAAGAUACGAAGCAAAGCUGGGCAUGUGGGACAUGCCUUUAAUCCAAGCACUCGGAGGCAGAGGCAGGCGGAUCUCUGAGUUCAAGGCUGCAGAAGAUGUCAAUGUUACUUUUGAAGAUCAACAAAAAAUAAACAAAUUUGCCCGGAACACAAGCAGAAUCACGGAGCUUAAAGAAGAAAUAGAAGUGAAAAAGAAACAGCUCCAGAAUCUAGAAGAUGCUUGUGAUGACAUUAUGCUCGCAGACGAUGAGUGCUUAAUGAUUCCUUACCAAAUUGGAGAUGUGUUCAUUAGCCACUCCCAAGAAGAAACCCAAGAUAUGCUAGAAGAAGCUAAGAAAACUUUGCAAGAAGAAAUUGACACCUUAGAGUGCAGAGUGGCAUCAAUCCAGCGGGUCUUAGCAGACUUGAAAGUUCAGUUAUAUGCAAAAUUUGGCAGCAACAUAAACCUCGAGGCCGAUGAAAGCUAAACUUUUUAUAAUACUUUUUUAUUUGCCUUACCAA